CUUAGUACCCAAGCCGUGGCAUUUUUGUCAGUCAGAAGGCAUCAAACAUUGCAACGGCCGCUUUCUUGGCAUCUGAAGUAAAUAUCUACGAAUAUCACAAGAAAACACAGUAAUCCACGCAGUUUUCUUUUAAUUUGACUCUCACAAAUACCCGAUCAUUGCUGAUAUGGGCACUCGCGUUUACAUCGGUGGGUUGCCCUACCGAGUCAAGGAGAGAGAUAUUGAGCGAUUUUUUCGCGGUUACGGAAAACUGCGAGAAGUCCUUAUUAAAAAUGGCUACGGCUUUGUGGAAUUUGAAGAUUAUCGUGAUGCAGAUGAUGCUGUCUACGAGCUGAAUGGGAAGGAACUGUGUGGUGAAAGAGUGACCGUGGAGCGGGCCAAGGGGUCGCCGCGGGCACGAGGCCGUGGAUCAUCUGGCGGUUCCGAUAGCGGCAGAAGCCCCCGAAAUGGCCGCGACCACGGCCGAUCUGGUUUCCGCUCCUCGCGAUCGGGUGGAAAGGGUGGUGGCGACAAUCCUCCUCCGAGAUAUGGCCCACCUACGCGGACAGAUUAUCGUCUUGUUGUAGAGAAUUUGUCGAGCCGAGUCAGUUGGCAGGAUCUCAAAGAUUACAUGAGACAGGCUGGUGAAGUUACUUACGCAGAUGCCCACAAACAACAUCGCAACGAAGGUGUGGUUGAGUUUGCAUCAUACUCCGAUUUGAAAACAGCUAUUGAAAAGCUGGAUGGAACAGACUUGAAUGGAAGGCGGAUUAAACUCAUCGAAGAUAAAGAUUCGGGCCGGCGUGGUUCUCGUCGUCGUUCUCGGUCUCGUUCAUCAUCGCGAUCACGCUCUCGUUCCCGCUCCCGUCGUCGUUCUCGCUCGAGAUCUAGGAGCAAGAGCCGCAGUCGUUCAAAGAGGUCUGGAAGCAAGAGUCGUAGCCGCUCCAAGUCCCGCGGGCGCUCAAAGUCCAAGAGCAAAUCACGUUCCCGUUCUCCCCGCAAGUCGAGGUCAAAGUCCAGGUCGCGUGAUAAGUCAGUAGACAGGUCAAAGAGCAAAUCCCUUUCGCAUUCGCCAAGGAAAUCGCGUUCCAAGUCGAGGUCUCGCGACAAGUCUAUGGAAAGAGAUCGUUCGGUAUCACGCGACAAAUCUGUGGAUCGUGCUGGAUCGAAACAUUCGAGGAGCAAGUCAAGGGAGAGAUCUCAUUCUCGAUCCCGUUCACGUUCAGUGUCACGCAGUGCCAGUGGUAGCCCACGUAGAGACGAACGGGACGAUGACGAGAAAAUGGAUAAUGGGCAUAGAUCAAGCCCUGAUAAUCGCGAUUAGGCGGCAUCGUUUUAUGAGUUCUUUUUGACACCUCGCCACGCCAACGAUGCCCACACUCCUUCAGAUUUGAAUACAAAAACAAGCAAGUGUUCCCCUAUCGACGUAUCUUUUCGUUUAAAAUUUGCUCGGCUACUGUAUCUGGUAGUAUAAUACAAAUUCACAAUGGUUCUA